AAAGCUUUCAUCGAGAACGGUGAAACAUAACCCCAUUUUCUUCAACUCCUUCCAUCACGAGAUCCAAUCUAUCAGGCUCAAACCCACGGAGGAGGAAGAGGUGGAAGAUGGCAUCGUCGUCGACAAAUUCGCCAUGCGCGGCGUGUAAGUUCCUGCGACGUAAGUGCCAGCCAGAGUGCGUAUUUGCGCCAUACUUCCCACCGGACCAGCCGCAUAAGUUUGCUAAUGUUCACAAAGUUUUUGGGGCCAGCAACGUCACUAAACUGCUCAAUGAGUUGCACCCACACCAGCGUGAGGACGCCGUCAACUCGCUCGCCUACGAGGCCGAUAUGCGCCUCCGCGAUCCCGUCUACGGCUGCGUUGGAGUCAUCUCUCUCCUCCAACACCAACUCCGCCAACUUCAGAUGGAUCUGACCUGUGCUAAAUCCGAACUCUCCAAAUAUCAAAAUCUCACUGCCAGCCACGGACUCAUAGCCGCCGCCGCUGCUGCCGCCGCAACUGCCACUGCUGCCGCCCACACCCACAGUAACAAUAACAAUAAUAAUAACGAUCAGGACCAUCAUCUACAUUUACAGUCCUCUUCACUCAACAACUUGGGGAUGGGCAUCAAUCUCAUUUCAGGCGGCGGAGGCCGAGAACACUACCCCAACCAGUUUUUUCCCAGAGAUCGAGAUCAUCAUUCCUAUCAUCAGCAACAGAUGAUGUUUAGGAGCCUUGAUGGCGGAAACAACUACGAUGCAAGCCUUCUUGCCAUGAACGCUGCUGCAGGGGGCAUUUAUGGCCAACUCAGUCAACAGCUCCAGCAAACUAGGGCUGCUGCUGGUGACGACCGCCGAACCAUUGAUCCUUCUUAAUUAGGAUUUCCUCGUUUCCUUGCCUACUCACAACAACUUUAACCAAUCCCAUCAAAUUAUUUCAGGUACGUCCAUUAUUAUUAUUAUUUUUAUAGGAAAAAUACGAUAUUCAUUUAGGAUUGAGUAGAAUAAGUACGUCUUAUACAUAAAUAUACAAUUACAAAUUUUAUAUUUCAUUUCCACAGUAAUAUCAAUUUGGUUGUGAUCCAUUUAUUAGUUUUAUUGUUGUUGUUCUUGUUAUUUCCGGCUUUUGAUGGUUGGAUAUAUAAGUGCCCUUAAUUAGUACUGUAUGAUUACUUUUGUAGGUCAAUUAUGCGCUAAUUGACAUACAGUCAAU